AUGGCUGAGCAGACUGAGAAGGCAUUUUUAAAGCAACCUAAAGUGUUUCUCAGUUCAAAAAAAUCUGGGAAAGGAAAGAGGCCUGGGAAAGGUGGAAACAGAUUCUGGAAGAAUAUUGGAUUGGGUUUCAAGACUCCCAGAGAGGCCAUUGAAGGAACUUACAUUGAUAAGAAAUGCCCCUUCAGUGGAACUGUUUCUAUCCGAGGUCGUAUCUUAGCUGGAACUUGUCAUAGUGCCAAGAUGGUGAGGACCAUCAUUGUCCGGCGGAAUUAUCUUCACUGGGUCAAGAAAUACCAAAGAUACGAGAAGAGGCAUUCAAAUAUUCCAGCACAUGUAUCCCCAUGCUUCCGUGUGAAGGAAGGCGAUCAUGUUAUCAUCGGGCAAUGCAGGCCACUGUCCAAGACUGUGAGAUUUAAUGUGUUGAAAGUGAUUCCUGCUGGUUCUUCUGCUGGUGGGAAGAAGGCCUUCACAGGGAUCCAUAAUGGUUUUAGGGUGAUUUGUCAUGCACCUGUAAGCUGUGCUCUUCUGCUUCCUUGCAAUCUUCUUUCAUCAGAGCUUCCGAUGGAGAAGUUGCAGUGGCUUGUGAGUUGCGUGCAAUUGCUAACUGAUUUGCAGUCCCUUACUCCCUCCCUUACUACUGAUAGAAGGAAGGUAGUUUUUGCUAGUGUCGGAUGUCUACACUGGCUAGGGGCCAUGGGUGUGCUGGUUGAAGGAUUUGAACAUUAUCGAUUGAAGGGUAACUUGGUAGCUUUGACUAAUUCCUCUCCUCUCCCUUGUGACAUAGAUGAUAGAUUGUCUGUCACUUCUGUUACCGGUGGUUUCCCAGUAGUGUCCAAAAAAUAG